CUACCUUAGUUUUCGAUUUUACUUAAAAUCCCGAUUUUGACUGCAUGUCACUCCUGAACGGAACACCCUUAGAAAAAGGUAAGAAUCGUUCACAAAGAACAAGUGGGAAACUAACGUGCUCUUGAGCUAACACGAAUACCGGCCAGGUGUCCCUCUGCAACACCCCGAUUGAAUAGUGCCACAAACCCUUCCGUACAAAGCAGAAACAAUAGCAGGGACAAAUGAUCGCCUUGACGCAAGCCUUGAGAUGAACGAAAGUAGGGAUGGCAGUGAAACCCGUACCCGCGGGUACCCGACCCGACCCAACCCGGUCAAACCGGGUAAAAUCCGUGUUGACCGGGUUCGGGUCGGGUUCGGGUUUAAACCCGGUGGCUGCUUGGGCGGGUUGGGGCGGGUUCGGGUUUGGGGAACCCGACCCGUGGAUACCCGGACACGCAAGUGACAAAACCUAAAUCCCUAAUCGACCAAGACCAUACUCGGCCGCCCCUCUCCUUUCUCCCAAAGACUGCUGCCGCCCCUCUCCUUUCGCAAAUCGCGAUCUCCAGUCAUCCCUACCAGAGUCCAGUCUCCAGUCCGGCACGGCGAACUCUCCUACGCGGCCGCCGCGCCUACGACUCCACUACCGAUUCCGUCCCGGCGAACUCUCCUUUCUCCUCUGCUACGCGGCCGCGCCUCCGACUCCUCUCCCGAUUUCAGACUUCAGUCACGACGCCCUCUCCCUGCUCCUCGGCGCGCGCCUCCGACUCCACCCCCGCCGCCCUCUCCUUGGUCUUCUGCUCCGCGAGAGCACUUCUGCAAAGGUAAGCAGAAUUUAUUGCUCUUUGUGCUUCUUCUACAGCAGUAUCGAAACCGAAAGUUUUAUCCAUCAAUAAAAUGUCAUUAUCUAUGGUCUUUGGUACCCCAACUACAGCUACCUGCAGCUUUCUUUUACGGCACUGAAAACAGGAAUUUAGAAGUUAUAAAUUAUAAUACUUUGGAGCUUGUACCAGGAAGAAAGUAAGAAAUACCGAAAUGCCAUGCUAUCAAUUUUAGUAACAGGCACCUAUUAAGAUUACUUCAAUGUUCUGAUCUGCGUGGGAAUAAUACGCUGGAGCUUGUAAAAUGAAGAAAGCUAGAAGUACCAAAUUGCAGUUCUAAGAUGACCACUUCUAAUAUCAGACACCUAUUACAAUUACUUCAAUGUUCUGAGUUUAAGUCUGCCUGAGAAUAUAAUGUCAUAGGAAAAUCAGAACCAAUACAUAUAGUUCAGAUGGACUAGUUUACAUCUUAAAUUCAAUUACAUUUUCUAGCAAUUCUGGAAAAAGUCUGUUCCCGGUACUUAGACUAGAUAUCUAUUGGCCAACCUUUUAUGCUCGAUCCCAGGUACCAUUAUGGCAUAACAGUUCCUCAAGAGUAUCCUUCUAUAAGAGGAUUCAGAAAGGAGAAGCUAGGUUGAACUAGCUCGUAAGCCAUAUAACCAGCACUCAACUAAAACAGACAAAAAGAUAUAGUAGUGCAGGAAAUCAAUAAGAUGUAAGCUUAUAAACCUCUUCGUGUAUGGCGUUCGCCCCAGCAUGUGUACCAUUCCCACCUAGUACAAAAAUCAUGUUGAUUCCCUUUUCCUAAUAGCAUCAAGGCAAAGAAUGUAGAAUAAGGCCACGCUCAACCUUUAAAGUUAGUAUUCAGAUCAAUACAAAGCGGGUGAGAUUUAUGCUUGAGAUUUUGAUAGUUUCUAGUUAAUUAUUAUUUUAUAAAUAUUUACCAAAAAAACCCGCGGAUACCCAGCGGGUUGGGUUGGGUUUGAGUUUUUCAAACCCAGCGGGUUUUACCCCGGGUUUUUUUGACGGACAAACCCAUGGGUUUGGGUUCGGGUUUGGCAAAACCCGCCCCAACCUGACCCAUUGCCAUCCCUAAACGAAAGUACCUCGAUGGGUUUCCAUUCAUCAUCAGCGAGAAUGAUGAAGAAGAAAGGCAUUCCCUCACCCUGCUUGAUAAGGUUUUUAAAUUAUUUGAUAAAUUGAUGAUUCGUAAUCCUUGACUUAUAUUAUGGACAUCAAAAUUAUCAUCUUUGUCAAACUUCAUAAAUUGAUAAACUAGAACUAAAUAAAUAUGCAUAUAAUUAUCAUUAAUAAGACUAGAACGUCCAACUUAUGACACCCAAAUUUUUUACCAUUUAAACUACAUAGCUAGUAUAAUAAAUUAUAUUUGAUAAUAUUAAUCACAACAAGAUUAAUACUCAUGUCAUUAAAGGAUUUUAACGCCUAACCUUUAACCUCUAACCUCGAUUUUUUUAAUUUAUCCAUCCGCUUUGUAACUUUUACAUAAAUUAGACUAGGGAAAUUAUCAUUGAUAUAUUGUGUGUUAUAUUUUGUGUCCAUAACAAAAAGUCAUUAACAACUCAAAAAUAAUUUUGUUUAUUUUUCACUUCAUAACAUGUUCUAUAAUCAUACAGAAAAAUUUGAACACAAUCAUAAAACAAAAAACAAAAAGUUAAAAUCAUAAAUUCAAUUAAUUAUCCUGAUUUGGUACAAUUGGACACAUUUUUACCUCAUAUUCUUUAGAUGUUUGUGGCAUUUUCACUCCGUGAGGUUCGAUUUUAUGCUAGUUUGUGCUUGUUUCUAGUAUGUUUUAGAUCCUAGCAGGUGGAAUCGACCUCGGGAACGAAAUUUGGACGAAAAGGGGCGAAAACGAAUUAAAGGGAGCAAACAACCGAGGAUCAUGGUGGAAGCCAAAAGUUUACGGUCAUGCCGACUAUGAUAAAGUGGUCGGGAUCUAAAUCAUGGUAGUCCUAGAGAGUCAAGUUUUUGACGCCGUUUCCGGGGAACUUCGGUCCAUUAUUCUGAAAAUAUCGUUCGGUGUUAAUCAAUCGUUUACUUUUUGCUUUAUUGAUUGUAAAUCUUGCUUGUGUUAGCUUGAGUUGUUUUUCUUUGACUUGUGUGUAGGAGGGUAUAUGACCUGGAGAAAUCCGAGUCCCUUAGUGCCACUUGACGAGACUAUCAACCGCACUCUUCGACUCUUGGCUCGUGAGUGGGAGUUGGUGGAAGCAAGAAGAAAGAUUGAGGAGAGGGAACAACCACAAUUUGAUCCCGAAGUUGAAGUUGAGGAAGAAGUUGAAUUGGAAGAAGAGGAAGGAAGUGAAGCCGAGAUGGUGGAGAAUCAAAACGCCCAAGAGAGGAAUGAGGAAACGAGGACCAUGGGCUACUAUAUGGCUCCACGGGCGGCGGAUAUUCAACCAACCAUUAUGCAUCCACCCAUGGCAGCCAACAAUUUCGAGAUCAAGCUCAGCCUCGUCACAGUGAUUCAGAACAACAUCCAAUUCCAUGGGCUUAAGGAUGAGUCUCCAAGGGAGCAUAUCCAGUGAUUCAUUGAGAUUGCGGGAAGUUUGAAGAUCAACGGGGGUAUCUGAAGAGGCUUUGAGGUUGAGGAUUUUCCCCUAAUCUCUUGCGGGGAAAGCACUUAGGCGGCUCAACAAUAGACCACUUCUCUCGAUUAAAUCAUGGGACGACUUGCUUAACAAGUUCAUGGCCUGAUAUUGUCCACCUUCCAAGACGGCAAACUGGCACAAGAAGAUCACUUACUUCGCUCAAGAGGAGGACGAGACUUUGAGGGAUGGAUGGGAGAUGUAAUCUGACUUUUUCCUUCAAUGUCCACAUCACGGGUUUGGAGAGCAGUUUCGGAUGGAAACCUUCUACGACGGUCUUCUCCGAAAAGACAAGAUAAAAAAGUUUACGAGGAAGAAUAAUUUUGGUAUAUGGCAGAUCAAGAUGCAGGUGCUAUUGAAACGACAAGGACUAUGGUGGCCGCUAUCUGGUAAACAAAAGAUGACAUGGGUCAAUGAUGAAUAGUGGAAUACCUUGGAGUAGUACCGCGGGCUUGUGGUUGAAGUUGGAAAGUUUGCAUAUGAAUAGAAACCAUCACCCAACCUUGAUCUUAAAUAGUGGAUCAUAAGCAACUUACAAGCUCGACGAUAUCACGAGAGAAUCCAAACCACUACUGGGUUUUAAAUUUGUAAAUUGAGACACACUCAUGUCAAUCCUUACAAAGCCAGGUAUAAAUAUGCUAAGGAUGUAGUAAAUUGGGUCGGUCGUAUUCCAAGGGAACCUUUGGCUUACUAUUAUUUCGUUCCGAACUACUAUCUAAUCAACUCGUAAGGUUGGGAUUUGAACUAGCCUAACCUAACUACUUAAGCACAACUAACCAAGUGUUUGGGAGACUAGUAGUGAUGAGAUGGUUGUCUAGGGUUAUUCCCUCUAACUAUAGGUUGUUACAGACAUUAAUCUAAUGGUAUCUUGAGGUGCAGAGGUCACGAAGGUGGGGAUUAGCUCAAUGAUCAUGCAAUUGAUCCCUCUCUUAGCUAGGAUAGUUGGUCUAAUGUCAUCUCAACCGGGUUACCUAACUAGGGGUAGGAUCUACCUCCUCUAAACGGCUUAAAUCCGUCCACACACAAGUCUGGUGGAUCGAUGGUCACACACCUAAUCUACAAGCAUCAACUAGGUGAGAAUCUAACUAGAAGGGGAUGGUCACCUCUACCUCUAGCUACCCCUCUAGGUUAACAAAUCAAGGUAACAAGCAUUCACACACAUCUAACCCUAAUUAGAAGCAAUAAACACCCUAGUCAAACUAAAAUACACCAUAAACUCAUGUGUAAAGUAUUGAUAACUCCCACAUUAUCUAGGUUGCAACUAAGGAAAAUAGGAUAUAGACAAUCUCACACUAAUUGAUGGUUAAGCACUCUUGACAUUCCGACCCUUCCAUUCAAGAUUUCCUAGUGGAACACAAAGAGAUGCUCAAGAGGUUGGAAGAAAAGAAGAGAGAUCUUGAACAAAUUUGUUCUGUACUCAAUAAAGAUCGCCUCUUUGACAUCGUCAAUGAAGAGAAAGAGGAAUUGGUAGAAGAGGAAGGAGUCUUCAAGGUGGCCAUCAAGUGGACCUCAAAGAUCCAUCUAGUGAAGAAUUUGUUUGGAUGAACAUCAUAUCUUACGAUCAACAAUUAGAAAUGGAUAUAAAAGAGGACUUUGAUG